AUGAGUCCAAAAUCCACAGCCUUUUGGAAAGCUGAGCAAAGGGUGAUGAAUCUUUUCAACCAUUGUUCCACUAGCAACCAUCUUAAACAAAUCCAUGCUCGAAUUAUCCUAACUGGUUUUCAUCACAACCUUAUUCUCACAGGAAAGAUUAUCAUGUUUUCUGCUCUAUCCAAUAAUGGAGACAUGAACUACGCACUUUCUGUAUUCCACACUAUUCAUAAACCAGAUGCAUUUCUCUGGAAUACCAUCAUUAGGGGUUUUGGUAAUUCCACCCAACCUCUAAAGGCUAUUCAUUUCUACAAAAGAAUGCAACUUGCAACAGAAUAUGUGCUUCCUGAUAAUUUUACCUUUUCUUUCUUGCUUAAAAUUAUUGCUAGAUUACAAUUACUUAUCUUGGGGAAGCAACUGCAUUGUACUGUCUUUAAGUUUGGUCUUCAACCUCAUACUUAUGUUAGGAAUUCUCUCAUGCAUAUGUAUGGUAUGUUGAAGGAUAUACAAGUUGCACACCACUUGUUCGAGGAAAUGCGUAAACCGGAUUUAGUUGCAUGGAAUACUAUCAUCCACUCUCAUGUGUAUUGUGGAAAUUACAAUGAAGCUCUUGAUUUGUUCACGAGAAUGCUGCGCCACUGUGGUACGCAAUUGCAACCUGAUGAUGCAACUUUGGUAGUCAUCCUUUCAGCUUGUGGUGCAAUAGGAGCACUUGAUUUUGGGAGGAAGAUUCAUUUGUUCAUACGAGAUAGUACUAUUAAUUUUGGUGAAAGUAUAUCGGUCUUUAAUGCCCUUGUUGACAUGUAUGCAAAGUGUGGUGCUGUUGAAGAAGCCUAUCAGACAUUUAGCAACAUGAAAAGGAAGAACUUAGUUUCGUGGAAUAUCAUGAUUCUCGGCCUUGCUUCUCAUGGUAAUGGAGAAGAGGCUUUAUCGCUUUUUACAAGAAUGCUACAAGAGAAUGUUGAGAGACCGAAUGACGUUACUUUCUUGGGAGUGUUGUGUGCUUGUAGUCACGGCGGAUUGGUUGAUGAAGGAAGACGGUAUUUUGAUAUUAUGAAUCGAGACUAUAACAUCCAACCUACAAUAAAGCAUUAUGGGUGCAUGGUGGACCUUUUGGGUCGUGCUGGGUUAGUCGUGGAAGCAUACGAAUUGAUAAAGAACAUGCCAGUAGAGUGCAAUGCUAUUAUAUGGAGGACAUUGUUAGCUGCAUGUCGAAAUUAUGGAAAUGUUGAACUUGGUGAGAAGGUAAGAAAGCAUCUAUUGGAAUUGGAACCAAACCAUAGCAGUGAUUAUGUUCUUCUUGCUAACAUGUAUGCAAGCGCGGGUCAAUGGAAUGAAAUGAGCAACGAGAGAAGAUCAAUGCAAGAAAGGAGAGUUCGGAAACCAGAGCCUGGUAAUAGCUUUAUUGGCAUUCCGGGAAUGAAGUUGGAGAAAGAGUCUGUUGAAAGAUUGUUGUAA